AUGGACUGCGAGCAGAAUUUGGAAAAAAUAGGAAGUCUGAAAUAUUUUCGUCGUUACACAUAUAAAGGUUGUUUACUGGAAUGCUUGACGAAAUAUGUUGUAAACAUGUGUUCAUGUGUUACGGAGUAUAUAGUUCACAACACAACAGAUGUGCCCUAUUGUACACCUUUCCAAAGACAAGACUGUGUGUUGCCUAUCACUCGGCAGUUUUAUUUGGACUCGUCUAAUUCUAACAACAUCACAGAUUCCUGUGUUUGUCCUCGCCCAUGCUCUGAGACGAAAUAUAUAACUGAUUUAUCAUCAGGGACAUUUCCUAGUAUUCGUGCCGUGGACAAAUUAAUAGCUGCAAAUAUUACACAAAGCCUUGAACAUGCCAGAAACAAUCUGUUAAAAGUAACUAUAUCCUUUAAAGACUCAAUGGUCGAGCAUAUUUACCACGAACCAAAUAUGUCCAUCUCAGACACAGUUAGCAUUAUUGGUGGUCUCAUGGGGUUUUGCCUAGGAGCUAGCAUCUUGUCUAUCGUGGAAUUCGUGGAAACUGUUUUCUGGUGUAUUUUAACUCUUAUAUCGACUUUCAUUAAACAAAACAAAAGGGUUGGUCCAAAGCAAAGCAAAGCUACGACAAUGAAAUGA